UUAUUGAAUAUCUGAAGUUUCGUGGUGAAAUAAUUGUCCCCAAUUGCCUUGCAGCUUCGUCCCAAGACAUGAAAUCCGUGGAAAACCUGCUUGAAAUUUUACCCAAAAUUCGAUUUCGUAUCGUCUCAGCAUCAAAUUCAAACUUUUACAUUCAUUCAAAAUUUCUGGCAACAAACGCGUAUAAUGGGUAUCUAUAUAACUCCUACCAAAUUCACCCAAGAACAUCAAUCCCCCAAAUCAUAAGUUACUCGUUUAUUUCUUUUAAUCGAUCUAACUCAGAACAUAAGCCCACUUACAAGAACUCCAGCAUCAUGACGAGUUCAAGUGAUUACAAACGCGUAUUCAAUCAUUUCGAUAGAGAUGGAAACGGUAUGAUAUCUCCAUCAGAGCUGCAACACUGCGUCGGAUUGAUCUGGAACGAAGAGAUUUUACUCGAAGAGGUUGAAGUUGUUGUUGAAUCGUCAAAUGGAAACAACGGAAAUUUAGGGUUUGAAGAUUUUGUUGGUUUAAUGGAAAGCACAAAAGAAGAUGAGAAGCUUGAGGAUCUGAGGAAAGCAUUCAGAAUGUAUGAAAUGGAUGGAAUCGAUUACAUCACUCCCAAGAGCUUAAACAGGAUGCUGAAUCGACUCGGUGAGUCGAGAAGUGUGGAUGAGUGUGCUGGGAUGAUAAGUCGGUUUGAUCUUAAUGGUGAUGGAGUUCUUAACUUUGAUGAAUUCAAACAAAUGAUGCUUUGAGAUUUCAAAUCAUUUCAUCUAACAAACCACAUUCUCAUUUUACGAUAAAACCACACGUUCGUCUUUGUAAAAUAUGGACUGAUCAUGCUUUGAAAUUUCAAGGUUUGUAUGCCUACAGCCCUACACUCAUGUAUGUAUGUAUAUAUAGAGUAAAAUCAUAGGAAUUCAAAUAUUAAAUAAUUUCUUAUAUAAUAUAGUAAAUUGUGGGUAUAAUUUUUAUUUAUAAAAUAUUUUGUACAAUCUUA